AGCCCUACCGUAUUGUGUCUCAUGCACUUUACACCUAGAACAUAGCAACUUAUAAGCCGUUGCUGCACUUUGAUACUCUUUGACGCUUUUGUACACUGGUAGAAUACCUGGCUUAAUGCUUUGCUGACCGUUACACUCCGUUAUAGCCUGUUUUUAUCGCGUAGACUUGCUCUCACAUGGUAGACGAGGGAAGGACGGAGGCCUUAGGCCAAUAUGUAGACGCACACGAUAUCUUAGGAGAUGAUAUGGAUUACAAUGAAUUGUCCUUCGAUUCUGGUCCACGCGAGUCGACGUCAGACGCGCUGCAUGCGCGAGCAGCCAGUCUAGACGCACGUCAAGCAGCCGAGUCACGGUGUUCUUGUUCUCGAUUAGCCCUUGACGACUCAGGGGAACUUGGCCCCUGGUCUCUUCCACCGGCACCAACUCGCAACUCCUCAGCUGGCAAGGAGUCCAUGCGGAGGGACAGCCACCAGGAGGCCAGCACAAGCUGCCCUGGCCAGGUCCAGCCCACAGGCGCUCUUCCACCCAUCAAUCAGCGGAGCAACACGAAGCCGGCCCGUAAAGCAUCCGGUUCCCACCAAACUGCAAGCAAACGCAGUCAACCUGCCACCUCCCAACGAGUGUCGUCAAGUAAACCCAAUGCAGCGGCGCAGCGCUAUUUCCAGCCUCCCCCGCCGCCCCCGCCGCCUCCAAAGCCGAAGCCCCGGGAGCGGCACGACAUCUCCGCGGUGGACCCGGUUUACUUGCAGACCGCGGUGUACCGCACCGUACCUAACGUGGGUCGCGUGUACGACUGGAAGGUACAGCACGAUGUUAACGCGGCGCUAUCCAAGCAGCGCAAACAGCAGGUGCAAAUGGAGAAAGUGCUGGAGGCUGCACGGGUGCAGUUGCAAGUCCGGGAGGCGAACGAGCGUGCAUUCCACCAGUGGGUAGCAGCCAAGGAGCAGGAGAAGCACCAGCAGUACCAGCAAACCCGCCGCAUGGCGUACGUCACAUCGGUGUACCAGAACCUAGUGAAGGAGGACCCAGUGGAGCAGAAGGCACGCGAGAUGCUGUGGGUCGGCAACUUUGGCUACCCCGCGGCAAGCGCACACCCGGCUAAGCAGCCCGUCGUGGAGCAGGGCAGUGAGAGCUCCGACCGAUUCCGGCUAUGACCUUUGACUGACAGCGCUUGCUGUGGCCCCAUGGGGCUCUGCUGCAUCGCCUGGGCGGUCUUUUAGUAGAGCAGGAGCGGUUUGUGGGAGCGUUAUGUGCGCCGCGGUCCCACUGGUGUUCAUCGUGGCUGUCAUACGCGUGAAACGAAUCGCGCUUGCUGCCUUGGUUUUCCGUGCUUUCGCUGUAUGCCCUACUCAUUCUGUAGCUCUAGGUAAACUGAGGACGAGGUACCCAACGAAUGAAGAAAACAAAGAGACGAGGGCCGGCAGGUGGUUGCUAACACAUGUAUUCUAUUCAGGCAUCAGCAUUGACAUAUACGGUAACAAUGGAGCACUGUGGAGGCAGCGUAAUCGCGUAUUAGCAUGGGCUGUUUCGUGUCCAUCUCUAAGAAGCAUGUCUGUUGGUAUUUGGUAGGAUUGUCGGGCAAUUGCAGUGGUUGGCUUUCGGACGACACCCUGCUGCUGGAAACGAGUGGGUUCGCCCCAAGCUCCGCGCGCACCCUCGAUCUCGGACUUUGAUGUACGACAAACACGUGUCCUCAAAACCGUGCAAUACCGUUGUUUACUUGGGUUACCGGUAUGAAUGAAGGCGUUGGGUUUUAGCAGGUGCUUCUGCACAAUUUCAUGUCGUGGACUCAUAAUGGCGGCCUUGUUAACUAACCGUGGUUCUGCUGGUAUGGAACGUUGUGCUUGCAAUCCGUGUAUUGUAGGUCCUUCAUGUUCCGUUUUUGCAAGGGGGAGGCAGGGACGGUAAGACCAACAAUUAUGGGAGCAGGAGUGGAUAGGGUUGAUUGCUCUGGCGGCGUGUGGAUGUCCCCGAGCGAGCAGGCCCGCUGUCUCACUGUCUCCAGGUGGCUAUGCCUGCAUGCGUGUAGGCACCCAUUGACUACUGCUAUUCGGCC